CAAAAGUGCAAAUGACCCGUAAAUUUCCUAAGAUGCCCGCCCGACCCGUUAUUGGUCUAGGGUUUAAGAAAGCUCGUCUCUGUGUAACUGGGAAGAAGAAGAACCCAAUAACUCCAACUUUUUCGUCAUCAACAGACUAGUAGAAACAUUUCAUUCAGUGUAAGCUCCAUUUGGCCAUACAUUUUGGAAGCUUGAAAAAUUGAAAACUAUUUUUGAAGACAAGUUCAAAAACUCUUUUCUUUCAAGUUUCACAAGAUUUAUGGCUAAAUAAAUUGUGGCACCAUGAUGUUUUGUAACCUUGUCUUUUAUAGAAACCUGAAAUAUACCCCGAACUUGGUUCGGAAUUAUCACGGGAAGAUUGACUUUUGUAGAAGAUAUUAUUGUUCUGGAAAGGAAUGGACUGAAGACGUAGAAUAUGUGGAUGAAUCAGGGAGUAUAAUUUACUCUGGUAAAGGAAUAAGGUCCGUUGAGCCGGGUCUUGAUGACCAUGUAAUGGUGGGUGGAUUUAAAAAGCCUAUUUUAAAUGCUUCUGCAGUAGCAAAGCUUGUUGAGAUUGUCAAGAGGUGGAGAUGGGGUCCUGAUAUGGAGACACAAUUGGAUAAGCUUCAUUUCAUACCUAAUAUGACUCAUAUUAUGCAAGCAUUGAAAGUUAUGCAAGACAGUGAUGCUUCCUUAAGUUUAUUCCGCUGGGCCAAGCGACAACCUUGGUAUAACCCUAAUGAUGAAUGUUAUAUUACAUUGUUUGAUAAAUUGAACCAAACUAGAGAUUUUGAUGGAAUUCAAUCCGUUUUUGAUGACAUGGUUCUUGAUUCAGGCGAAAACGGGGCAGCAUCUCUCUUUAAUGCGUAUAAUCGAGUCAUUCAAUACCUGGCCAAGGCAGAGAAAUUUGAGGUAGCAUUUUGUUGUUUUAAGAAAAUUCAAGAAUCGGGUUGUGUAGUUGAUACCGGGACCUAUAAUUCCCUUAUCACUGUGUUCCUAAACAACGGUUUGCCAUAUAAGGCGUUUGAGAUAUAUGAGAAUAUGGAAAAAGCGGGAUGCUCGUUAGAUGCAUCGAGUUAUGAGUUAAUGAUUCCGAGCCUUGCAAAGUCAGGACGCCUUGAUGCUGCAUUCAAGCUCUUCCAACAGAUGAAAGUGAAUAACUUCAGACCAGGUUUUGGGAUCUUUGCCUCGCUCGUUGAUUCGAUGGGUAAAGCUGGGAGGUUGGACACAUCACUUAAGGUAUAUACUGAAAUGCAGGGCUUUGGGCUGAGGCCAUCUGCCACUAUGUUUGUAUCCUUGAUUGAGUCUUUUGUGAAGGCUGGAAAAUUAGAGACUGCUCUAAGGCUGUGGGAUGAAAUGAAGACAUCAGGGUUUAGACCUAACUAUGGGCUGUAUACCAUGAUUGUUGAGUCCCAUGCAAAAUCAGGGAAGCUUGAUGUUGCAAUGUCUGUCUUUUCAGAUAUGGAAAAGGCAGGAUUUUUGCCCACUCCGUCCACCUAUUCUUCUCUCCUGGAGAUGCAUUCUGCUUCUGGUAAUGUAGAUGCUGCGAUGAAGCUUUAUAACUCGAUGACAAAUGCAGGUCUGAGACCUGGAUUGAGUACUUAUACAGCCUUGCUAACCCUUCUUGCCAAAAAGAAGCUUUUGGACGUUUCUGCAAAGAUUUUACUAGAAAUGAAGGCUAUGGGAUAUUCGGUUGAUGUGAAUGCUAGUGAUGUUUUGAUGGUUUACAUUAAAGACGGUUCUGUUGAUCUUGCUUUAAGAUGGCUACAGUUCAUGGGUUCAUCAGGCAUCAGGACAAAUAAUUUCAUUAUCCGGCAGCUUUUUGAAUCAUGCAUGAAGAACGGGUUGUAUGAGUCAGCCAAGCCUCUCCUUGAAACAUAUGUGAACUCUGCUGCCAAAGUUGACCUCAUUCUUUACACUUCAAUUCUAGCCCAUUUAGUAAGAUGCCAAGAUGAGAACAAUGAGAGGCAUUUAAUGUCAAUCUUGAGUGCUACAAGACACAAGGCUCACACUUUCAUGUGUGGGCUCUUUACUGGGCCAGAGCAGAGGAAACAACCAGUUUUGUCUUUUGUGAGGGAAUUCUUCCAAGGCAUUGAUUAUGAGCUGGAAGAAGGAGCUUCAAGGUAUUUUGUUAAUGUUCUCCUUAACUAUCUUGUUCUCAUGGGACAAAUAAAUCGUGCUCGUUGUGUAUGGAAAGUUGCCUAUGAAAACAAGCUUUUCCCCAAGGCUAUAGUGUUUGAUCAACAUAUUGCCUGGUCCCUUGAUGUUAGAAACUUGUCAGUCGGAGCAGCUCUUGUUGCAGUGGUACAUACUCUUCAUAGGUUUAGGAAACGGAUGUUGUAUUAUGGUGUUGUCCCGAGGCGGAUCAAAUUGGUUACCGGGCCAACUUUGAAAAUUGUGGUCGCACAGAUGUUAAGCUCGGUGGAAUCGCCCUUCGAGGUUAGUAAGGUUGUUUUGAGGGCUCCAGGAGAUGCCGUCCUGGAUUGGUUUAAGAAACCAAUUGUUCAGCAAUUUCUUUUAAAUGAGAUUCCAUCAAGGGCUGAUAUUUUAAUGCAUAAACUCAACAUACUUUUUCCAACAUCUGCACCUGAAAUCAGGUCGCUGUCCCCUCCUAAACCUCUUGUUGCUGGAAAAGCAAUGUAGUUAUUUCCUAUGUGUAAAAUGGCCUAGCUAGUCCAUCUUAGAGAUUUGGUUUCACUUUUGCUGGUGCGUGAAGAUGUGCAGGAGAUACUAUUUUCAUGUAUCAAAGUUCUAAUAUAGUGGAUUGGAAUCUGAGUCCAUUCUAAAGAUAUAUAUUGCAUACAAGAUACAUGUUGGAUAUCUGGACUUUUUAUUCUUACAUCUGAAACCCACAGUGAAUGCUUUUUCCAAAAGUUCAGUGCUCUCAUCAAACAGUAGAAUCAAAGCUAAUGCAGGUGAGUUCUUUCCAGGUCUGAUUUCAGAGUGUAAAUGAAAAGAAUAUCAAUAUGAGCUACUUGUAUCUUGCUUUUCGAUGUCUGGCAAGAUCUUCCCCGUUUGUAUGGUUUAAAUUGACGUUUGACUCCAGUUUGUUUCUUAAUGUAAUCCUGAAGGGAAGAUAUUAGACAGUGCCGCCCCACCCCCACCCUCACCCCUGAAUAAGACAUCAGCAUCUUGCUAGGAGAAUUUAACUGUGAAAGUUGUUAAAAUUCCUGCUGAACAUCUCAUUAAGGAAAAAGUGAAAUGGCAUGUCAAAAUUCCUUGUUCCUUA